UCUGAGCUGUUUAAUAAAGAAAGAAGGAAGCUUCAGAGAACAGGACUGCAGCUACUGACGUAUCAGUAAAAUCGAUUAAAGAAGAUCCUUUACUUGAGGUCCAGCCUCUGUCUAGGCAAGAGGCUCUCAAGCGGCCUUAGAUGAUUAUGGAUUUUCUGAGCGAGAAGUUUGCCCUGAAGAGCCAGCCGAGCAAGAACAGUGACUUUUAUAUGGGAGCAGGAGGCAGUUUGGAGCACGUUAUGGAAACUUUGGACAAUGAGUCCUUUUAUAGCAAAACGUCAGGCAGCAAAUGCGUACAGGCCUUCAACCCUCUGCAAAGAGCUGAGCAUCAUGUGAGGCUGGAGAGGACAUCACCCUGCCAGGACAACAGCGUGAACUACGGGAUUACUAAAGUGGAAGGACAGCCUCUUCACACGGAGCUGAGCAGGCCCAUGGAUAAUUGCAACAAUCUCAGGAUGUCUCCAGUGAAAGGGCUGCAGGAGAAGGGGGACCUGGAUGAACUUGGUGAUAAGUGUGACAGCAAUGUCUCCAGCAGUAAGAAGAGGAGACAUAGAACAACUUUCACCAGUUUGCAGCUGGAGGAACUGGAGAAAGUAUUCCAGAAAACUCACUACCCCGAUGUCUAUGUCAGAGAACAGCUAGCUCUGAGAACAGAGCUCACUGAGGCCAGAGUCCAGGUUUGGUUCCAGAAUCGAAGAGCAAAAUGGAGAAAAAGAGAACGCUAUGGUCAGAUCCAGCAAGCUAAGAGCCACUUUGCUGCCACCUAUGACAUAUCAGUCCUUCCAAGGACUGACAGCUACCCUCAGAUUCAGAACAAUCUGUGGGCAGGGAAUGCGGCCAGUGGUUCUGUGGUUACCUCCUGCAUGCUGCCACGAGACACGUCCUCCUGUAUGACACCUUACUCCCAUUCACCCCGGACAGAUUCUGGCUACACAGGCUUUUCAAACCACCAGAACCAAUUCAGCCACAUGCCCCUCAAUAAUUUUUUCACUGACUCGUUGCUUUCUGGGGCAACCAACGGACAUGCUUUUGAAACCAAGCCAGAGUUUGAAAGAAGGUCCUCCAGCAUUGCAGUUCUACGGAUGAAAGCAAAAGAGCAUGCUGCCAAUAUUUCUUGGGCCAUGUAAUAUAGCAGUACCCUCUCUCAAUUUUCUUUUUUUUUUAAAGCAAACUAAAACCAUUUUUAUUUCCCAUAUUUAAAGGGAACUUUAAAUAAGCUGCUGUGUGUGGAAUGCUAGAAAUCACAAUAUACAAGAUGUCUGCUUAAAGAAAUGCAAUAUAAUAUUUAACAAUAAAACAAGAAUAAACCAAAUAGAUUUACCAUUCAUCAAGCUCAACAAGCCCUCUUUGUUUUGCUUUUUAUAUAUGUUUUGUUGUAUCCUUUGAUGAAAUAUGAUUAUAGAACAGGCAAAAAAAAAAAAGAAUAAAAAGAAAAAAAAAGAAAAAUAAAACUACUAAGCAAAUGUGUCUGCUCCAUGGUUUUUAGCAGUCCUGUAUAAAAAAAAUCAUGCUUUACAAAUGCAUACUUCAUAAAGGAAAAACUUGGUAAAGGAUAAUAAAUUUAUUAUACUGAACCCAUGAUGUAAAUCUCUAAGCACACCACGCAAAGAAGGAAAUAUAUGACCAUUCAUGUUGUAGGUAGAAUUUGUAUGACUGAGUUCUCUCAGCACUGCACUGCUGCUCUAAGCCAGCUCUGCUGUUUUGCUAAAUGCAUGUUGAGCUUGUUGAAUUUAUAUCAAAGAAAAACUAAUGUAAUAAGAAUAGAAGGUACUACUUUAUGGAGUUGACUGUAUUUCUGUUAAGGAUAAUGAGAUACUUUUUUGGUCAAAUAUAACGCUAGAAGUAGGAUCACAGUGUUUAGAGUUUUCAAUGAUAUGCACAGAUUAUGUGUCAACUAGUGUACUUAAAUUAAAUCGCACAGGUUACAGAUAGGGUGUCAUGAAGCUUAGGUGACUAAAAGACAACAUGGAAUAGUACUCCUACACUUUUAGAAGAAUACAGAUCAGGAUAAACCACCAAACAACACAACACUGAGGACUCACUUCCAAUAAAGUCCAUUUUACUGGGUUUUUUUACUCUAUGGUAAAAUUGAAACAAAAAAUCUCCAACAAGGCUUGUCAGUUUCAGUUUGUAACUGAUCUUCAGAUGAUAUUAGAGUACUGUUCAAUUAGUUUUAGUUACAUUUUGUUGAAGCUUUGCUUAUAUGCUUUCCAGAGUGUAAGACUAGUUUGCUACCUUUAAAGUAUAUAGGAAAAAUCUUUUCGACUGCAAUGGCAGCAGGAUUUGGCUCUCAGCUCCCAGCCUAUCAUAAAGGAAUUAAAAUGUCAGCAGACUUUCUGACAUUUCUGGUGGAAAAAAAUAGAGGAGAAGAAAAAUACUUUACAUCUGGAGAAUUGAUAUCUGCUUUGAUUUACUUCUCCUCCCUUUCCCCUGUCACAUUCCAAGCUCCUUCAGAUGAGUGAAAUGUCAGCCUCUUUGAAAGCAACAGUCAGUCUCUCAGGUUCAUAAAGGCAAAGUAAAUUAAUUGAAAUAAAGAAGGACUUGCAUGGCUGUGAUUAGAACAGGAUACAACUCUCGGGGCACCCCCGCUCAUUCUUGCUUUUCUCUCUGGCCAUUAGUUAGGAACAGAGGGCACAUGGGGGAAGAAGAGAAGAUCAGGAAGCAGAUUUCUUCACAGCAACUGCAGAACUGCCAGUACUCACAAAAACAAACACACAGGAAUCCCCAGAUUUUCUCUUCUCCCACUCAGAGGGGCUAAACUUGAAACAAAAAUAGGAGACCUUUCAAGGGAAUAAACAAACUUGACUUUGAAACCAUACGGAUCAACUGAAAAUGGGAUUUUUUACAGCAGUUUUACACAGCUGAAAGGAAGGCUGUCCUAUUUUCCACUAGUAAUAAACUCAAAUUUUAACACAUACAUAUACUCCAAUUUGUGGUUUCCUGAUUCGAUUCUCCUUCUAAAAAUUAACUUCAACUUUGGCCUGAGGAGCUGGAAAAGGGUAUUCUGGCUAGAAGUUAUCUUUUCCAUUUUUUAUGGUCUGUUUAGACAGCAGUAAAACAAGACUUAUGACUCAAAGCAAAAAAAAAAAAAAAAAAAAAAAAAAAAAAAAAAAAAAAAAAAAAAAAAAGAAGAGAAUUUUAUUAGUACAGAUAGAGGCAUUAGUUUUGAAUAGACACUUUUGCCACUUGCAGAUGGAUGAAAGUGGUGAAAAUGCAAGGGAUUUUUAGCAAACUUUUCUUUUUUUUUUUUUUUUUUCAGUUGUGUUUUAUUAAGUUUCCACAUCAUUAUGUUUUAAGGUAUAAUAGUUAGAACAUGCCAAAAUUAUUUCCAGAACUUUUUGUUUGGGUUUCUUUAGUGGACAAAGAAAGAAAAGUUUAUCUGGCAAUCUGUGAUCCAUUUUUGUUGCCUCUUUCAACUUACUUAUUUAUUAAUUUUUAUAUUUAUUUAUUGUUUUCUUCUGAAAUUUCCCAAAAAUAAUUUGUACAAGGUUUUUUAUGUCAGUAGUAAAACGUAAUGAUUCCCAGGAAUUUAUUACAAUUGCAGAUUUAUUACAGAAUAAAUAUCCAUUUUCAAAAUAUUACAACAGUUUUAGAUGCUUGAGACCUCCAAAAUCAAAGGGAAAAUAAAAGACCACGCCAUCUUCCUGCUGAUUUUAAUUAAGUGAAAGAGAUGCAAUUCUAAUUAAUUCUUCGUCCUCAAAUCUAGCAAUGGAUAUUUUUCGUUUCUGGUUGCUAGCAUAACUUCAUGCAUUAAAUAAACAGGUAUCCAAGCCCUCAUUAAACCUGAGGUGUGAUAAGUUGCAGGCCUGCAUUAGGCUUGUCGUGCUCUUGCAUCAGCCUCGUCUCGAAGAAUGAGCGAUAGCCUGUUGGUUGCAGCGUUUCAUUUAACUAAUGAAAAAGUAUCUUCGUGUUAGAUGUCAAGUACUACAACAGGGUCACAUUCUGCCAGUGUUAUUUAGGAGUGCUUUACUCCUGAGUAGUCGCAUUGAUGGGAGCGAGACUACUCACACAGCCCAAAAUUGUGAAUCACUUGUAAAUGUUUGUUCACAAUGGCCCCAUUCAUGCAAAAAAAAGCUUCUCAGCACAACAUGAGUGAUUGGUUCAUAAUCAGGCCCAGCUUAAGGUACUACUCAGCUCGAGAAAGGAUGGCAGAAUACGGCCCAUGCUGGCUUAAGGCCAGACUCAGACUUUUUAACCAAGAUGAGUAGCUCCUUAUUCCACAAAUAGUGCAAAGAGACCCAACAGGGCUAUUUGUAGAGUUCUCUUUUUCUAAGAAAAUUCUAAAAAAGAGACAUUUCAAUGUAUGUAAACAAUUUGAGUUUUUUGAAUUUCUAUGAAAGUGAAAUAAUUUUAUUUUCUACUGGAUUGUGCUCCCACAUUUGACAGGAUUUGUGUUCUUGUGCUUUGAUUUUAUCACUUAAUGAUUCCUUCUCUUGAGCAACUAAUCUUUUCACUGCUUCUUGAACAUGUGGAAAAUGCACUGAAAACAAAAGGAGGUUAUUUACAUAGCCUUCCUGUCAAGCAUGUUAACUAAUGUUUGAGAUAUUGGAUCAUCAUGCUAUGCUGAGAAGUAAAUUUAUAGAACUUUUGGGCAAAGAGUCCUUAUCCCGUUAAAAGAGAAAGUGAAAUAUUGUCUAAUUAUUGAUGCACUGUGUUAUCUCCUGUGAUUGAUUCAUCAACAUUUUGAAAAUCUUAAGCCUGCAUUUAACAAAUUUCUGAACAAAUAUAAAUUUACCUCUGAAAUGUAAAUUUAUUUAUAUUAUGAUUUUUACAGACUCAUAAGUGAUGGACAACACUGCAUUUAACAGCUAAAGAUACAGUCUUCUUAUGACCAAGAUGGUCAGAGCAGUUUGACAAAAAUGAUUUCUACCUACAGUUUAAUGGUGUUACAUACCACAGAAAAAUAUCAAUGAAAGCAUCUUCUGUAGCUGAGAAUAAGUUGGAAUGAACUAUAUUUCUCAUUUCAUUUCUUUACUGUCAUAAUUUGUCAUAUUUUGUACAACAAAGUGUUGAAAAAAUCCGGUUCAACAUGUUAAAAGCAUUUUAUUUUGACUGUGAACUUUAUGGUAAGGCCCUGAGGUAUAAAAUUUAAUAAAUAUAGCCUCUAUUGUGCAUUUAAUAAUGCACAAUUUAUACAGUGCAUUUAUAUAGUUUAGCAUGAUAGAAGUAAAUUAUUUUGUUUUGCGAACAAUAAAAUAUUACAGUUUUUUUCCAAAAU